AUGCGACAAAACUCGCUCUCUGUUUUUUCUUUUUUUCUUACCCUUCUCUCCCUCCUGACAGCGUGCGAUCGCUGCCAUCGCCGCAAAUCGCGAUGUGACAAACAGGUGCCCGUCUGCGGACCGUGCCUGAAGGCCAACGUCGCCUGCGUCUACACAGACCGGUCCAAGGAGCCUACAUAUCGCAAGGAGGUAGUGGAACGCCUGGAGCGACGUCUCAGGCAGUGUGAAGCUACCAAUCGUGCGCUGGCUGCGAGACUGGCGGCCGUCUCCCAGCAGAAUAGCAACAACAACAACAACAACAACGGCAACGGCUCUGAGGUCUCGGUCUCAGGGCAGAGUCCCUCGUCGACGUCGAAUCCCGAUACCAGCCCAGGCCAGGGAGGAGGACGGCAGCGGCAGCGGCAGCAGACGAAGCAGGAGGGUGAUAAUGAAGUGACGGACGAGGUCUCGUUUCUCUCGCUGACGGCUGGCGGUGACCGUCAGUUCCUGGGCUCUGGCAGCGGCGUGCUGUUUGCCAACCUCGUUCGCGCUACCGUGGACGCUGCCCCGGUCCCGAUCUCUACUCCGGCCCGGGCAUCAUUCACUCCACGGCCGUCGCAUUCAGACAAUCCGGCCCACGGAGGGGGUGGUGGAAGUGUCACCUUUCCGCUGGGCUCGCCAGCCGGGAGGCCAGAGGGAUAUCAGAUCCCGCCGGAGACGUUUGCGCGAGACCUACACCACGCAUACUUUGAGCACGACUAUCUCUGCUACCCGUUCCUGCAUCGGCCAACGGUCCUGGCGGCAUUCGAGCAGAUAUACAGUGACCCCUCGGUCUUGGAUCGGGAUGUGUACUCGUGCUUCAUUUUCUACAUGAUUCUCGCCAUCUCGUCCGUCGAUUAUCACAAGUUCGAUUGGCAGACCAGACCCGAUGCCGAAAACUUCCAUGUUGUCGCCCUGUCGAAAUUGACGGAGGUGCUGCAGUUGGGAGGCAUCAAGCCUCUGCAGGCUAUCCUGCUGCUAUGCCAGUACCGGAUGAGGAGCCCCAUCCAGGAUACCUCGGCAAGUAUGUGGCACCUGGUAGGCGUUGCUUGUCGUAUAUGCAUCGAGCAAGGCCUGCAUCGAGAGUCGACGUAUCCACCAAGGCCAUCGUCCGACCGGAUGGACGUUGACUCUUCGAGUAGCAUGAUUCGUGCAGAGGUUGGCCGGCGGUGUUUCUUCUGUGUCAUUGCCAUGGAUCGCGUUGUGAGCAACACUCUUGGCCGGCCCUUUGGGAUACGGCUAUCAGAUACAAACACAGCACUCCCCGAUCCAAAAUAUGAUCUCGAGGUAAAUCCGCCAGAAAGCAGCUUCCAUCCAACUACAGACUGCUUCUCUCGUACAGCUCUUUUCGUCCAUAUAGUUCGGUACCGUAUUAUCUGUGGUAAAAUCCUCUUCUCCAUGGACAACGGCCAGUCGACGCAGCAGGACUCCAACGAAGCCUCCGCGCUGUCAAAACGGGACAGCUUGGCUGCGGAGCUCGAACAAUGGAGGCAUGACACAGCCUCCCUUAGCCUGCCAGCUGUGGACUUGUCCAGCACGAUCCCCGGGGACAGAUCGAGUUUCCGCGCUCAUGAAUGGUAUGAGCUAUUGUAUUACAACGCACUACUAAUGCUGUACCGUCCUUCUCCAGCGCUCCCAGCCAUUUCGUCAACAGUCCCCACCGCAAUCCAGACCAUAUUUACUGCGGCCAAGCAAUCCAUCACCCUAUAUGCCCACCUUCAUCGCUCGAGACGGAUAAACUACACUUGGAUUACGCUCCACGCCGUGUUCAUGGCCGGACUCUCCUACAUAUAUGCCGUAGGCCGCCAUUUCCGUGCAAAGCGCAGGCUAGCGAUGGGCGGAGCUGCUGGCGUAAUGCUCGACGAAGACCCUUCGAUAAUAGAAAUCGUCAAUGAGACCCGAGCCUGUUCAACGGUCCUGGUAGCUGUUUCAGAGCGAUGGAGCGCUAUUCGCCACUCGCAUGAAGUCUUCCAUCGCCUGAGUGAUGCUGUGCUCUCCGAUGCAAUCGAGCUAUUAAAUAACCCUCCCUCGACAACCACAGCUUCGGGUACCCAGCCUGUUCUCUCACCCAUUAAAAUAGGGCGGAUGGCGUCUCCUACAAGUUUACCCACGUCUCACCUUUCACCCAUGGCCAGCACCGGUAUGGACCAAUGGCCGCUUUCGGAUCCUAACAUGAGUCCCCAAUUAGCCGUUGACUCCGUGCUGCGUGACUGCUUUAGGGAUCUUCAGCAUAUGAAUGAGUACAGCUAUGGCGAUGACCCUAUCUGUCGUCUCUCACAGGACUGGCUUGGAGAGAUUGGCGGGAUGGCCUUGGACGCCGUUCAUGUAUGGGGCGAGUAA